AGAGCUGCUUGCUUCUUUCAGCAUUAGUCACAUUUUCAUAUGAAUGGCGUACAAAAUCUCGGCAUUUAUGUUAACUGUAUGUUAAUAACACUGGUACCCUUAUCGAAAUGGAUGACAUUUAUCGUUAAUUACGACGGGUUUGAUAAGGUGAAAGGAUAAAAGUUAACGGAAAUUGGUCGUUAGUCGGAGUGGUGAAAGUUGUAGUUGGAGGAGGCGGGGAAAGUGCGACGAUGCCCAACCAGGAAAUCGCCAUCAUUUUCAAACCCUGGCAAAAAUUAGUAUCGCAGAUUCCAUCCAUCCAAUUUUUAUUACGACAAGCUUUUGGACUGGAAAAAAAAAGUUUUUCGAAAUUUUUGUAAAAUAGUUUCAAAAUUUUGAGGGUAAAAAUAAUAGUAUUUUUUGAGGUUGUGGUGGUUUGUUUUGGUUUGGUUUGGUGGGUGCAUGUUAUUUGAGAGAGGAGUGAAUGAAACUGAAAAGAAAAGCACUUGACAAUACUAAAUAUAAAUAAAUCAACAAUCAUUAUUACAGUUAUAUCAGAUUGUACAAGGUUUGAUAUGAUUUACGAGUAAUUAUUUACAUAAUAAGAAUAACAAUGGCCUUAUGCUGACCUGACCUGAGAAGGAGAAGAUAUGAGAUAAGAUUCAAUACAUUUAAUAACGUCAAGGGAGAAACUCGAGUCAUCAAGCUAACAAUAGUUCAAAAUUGUAAAGUCACAUAACAUAACCUUAUCACAUCAAUAAGAAGAAAGAAAGCACUGAAGAAUCAAUACUUGAUUAUUACCUUAUGUUAUUAGUGUGAAGGACAGGUCAGAGUGCUCAAGAAGAGGGACAUAACAUAACACAAUUGUUACAUAACAAACCAUCCAAAGCGAGAAUAAAGAGUGAUAAAACGAGAAGUAUUCAGUUGAAUCGUAGUAAAUUUCAAGUGUUCUAUAUUGGUGAAUAAAUCACUGUUGAGAGAGCUGAUAUCAUCCAUUGUAUUCAGCAGCAUUUAAAUAUUUGUAAACUGUAAAUAUAUACUAGAUUCAAAAAUGUUUUGGAGCAGCGCAACAACCUCUUCGAACAUUGAUCAAGUUCUUGACGAUGCGGGUGUCACAUUACAGAAAGUUCUCGAGCAGGAUGAAGUUCUUCAAGAGUUACGAGCAAUGAACAAAAAGUUGGUUGAAUUUCUCUCCCGACCUGAAAGUCUGAACGGAAUGAUUGAUCUAAUCACCACCGAACCUUCACCCGACACGCCUCUUGCGUCCCAGUACAAACUUCCAAAUGUGGCUUGCGAAAUCCUCACUAGCGACAACUCCUUUAUCGAAAAAGUCACCGGAGACAAACUCCACUUAGAAAAGCUCUUCUUCUUCUUUCGCGACAAACCCAUUCCCAUAAACCCCCUCCUCGCGUCGUAUGUAUGUCGCGUGCUGAGCGAAAUUAUAACCAGGAAACUAGAACAGAACUGGUACUCUUAUCAGUUAAAUCUCAUCCAAAUUAUGGGAUAUCUCCAGUCUGAAGCCGGCGUGUUAUCCUGGCUCUUAAAUCAUUUGGAUUGCUCAGCCGUUUGCGAAUUCUUUUUUAAACUUAUGCUAAACGUGGAGGGACAGGAUAUGCGGAAUUCGCUUUACGAUUGGUUGGUAGAAAAAGAGAGGCUCAUAUUGAGGAUUAUGGAAAAGAUGACGAGACACGAGUUAGAAGAGGUUCAUGCCAAUGUGUCACGACUAGUGGGGGAUUUGCUUUACGCCUUCCAGGAUGAGAUAAUCAACUCAUCGCAAGACAGAAGUACAGAGUGUGACCCAUUCUUGCUCGCCUUAAGGAGUCACGAGACUAUUACAACCUUGCUAAACACGUUAUUUACACCAGAUGCCAUAUGUGAAAUGUCGAUAAUGCACGGACUCGACCUCGUCCUCUCCCUCCUCGGAGUGACUCGAAGAUCUCCUCGUCAAUCCGGCCGAAACGACUCCUUGGACGAAAACAACGAAGGAAUUAUUUUAUCCGAAGCCGUGAAAGGUGAACUCCUGGCAAGAAUGCCCACCUUGUUGAACCUGCUCCAGUCUCCCGUAGAUCCUAACCCACUCCCCAUGUCUUACGGCCUCCUAGAGAAACCUGUGGGGUUGGGGAGACUCGCAAUAGCGAAAUUCAUUGCUCACUUGUUUACUCUAAAUGACGACGAGCUCAACAUGGGGAUGAUUCAGUCUGGCGUGCUGUCCCAACUGCUCGAACUUUUUUGGACAAACCCCUGGAACAACUUUUUGCAUCGGUAUGUCUGCAAAAUCAUGAUCUGCAUCGCAUUGUCCGCCCAACUAUCGCCGGGUUCUGCAGCCUAUCUUGUGGAAAUGGGCGUAUUUAAGAAAAUUCUGGAAGUGUUUGAAAACAAGGAGCUCAAAUGUGGCUUUAGAGGUCAUCUCGCUAAAGUGGCAUCUGCCUGGGGCGAAUCAUCUACUGUAGAGACCGACGGCCCCAACAUAAUCAAAGACUUGAUGCAAAAAUUAGAGGAAACGGAUCCGGACUUUCAUGCGAAAUGGGAUGUAUUUUAUUCUGACACACUUGAAAAUUACUUUUCUUCCGAGAAAGUCCUCCUCGCUGGUGUUCACCCGCCUGCGUCCGGCAUCUUAUCUUCGGGUGCAGGGGUUGCGCUGCCUUAUGGAAAUAAUGACACGGACACUUCCUUCUCCACCGGGUCUGGUGCAAUGCAAUGGAUGGGAUUCACGACGGCAUCAGACUGCAGAGAUAGUAUCAUGAAUGUCGAUUUUGACACGGCAGAUUCCCUCCUUAACCUGUCCAUUGGAGGAGGCUGUGGGGAUGACUCACCCUCCUCUAAAGCCAAAUCCAUGUUUGAAAUGUUUUGCAAUGACAAGACAAAUUCUUUUGACGAUGAUGACGAUGACGAUGAGGAUGACGACAGUAGAAAAAAGAAUUCCUUCGACCUUAGCUCACCCGAUAGCGACUCUCUCGAGGAGGAACAUAAUAAAUGGACUGAUCACGUGCAUUCAUCAUCAACAAGGGGUGUUAACUUGAGUAACACUACAACUGCAGUUGGCGGUGGCGGCGGCUACGAUGACGACAUUUUCUCUAUACCACCAUCAGAUCAAGGCACAGCGAAAAGUCCACCAAUCUCUAUUCCGGAAGGAUUAGGAGUUGAUCCUUGGUCAAAUUUGGAACCAUCAACAUCGAAUCCUGCUGGAGGAGCAGUAGGAGAAGGCGAGGAGGAGGACCCUUGGGGAAAUCCUGACUUGCUUUUUAAUUCUGCAGCUGCAAGUGGUGCUCUUGGCGAGGAACAAGAUAUACCUAACCCUCUUGCGCCAUUUGAAAAUACCCCUCCCGUCGUCAUAGACUGGGCAAAGUUCGACCAGAUUGUCCCUAAAGAAAUCGGCCCAGAAUGUAUACCUUUGGAUGAUGGUAGUAGUAACAUUAAAAAUGGAGAACAGCCGGACGAUGGCGAUGAGUGGGCAAACUUCGAAUCAGCACCUUUCACUCCAAAAAAGGAGGAAGAAAAAGUCGAGAAAACCGAUGAAGAAAACAACCCUUCUUCCGCAGUAGUGUCAAAUAUUAUAGUUGAAGUAGACGAUGGGGAUCAGAUUGAAGUUGGUAGUAUCGUGGACGUGGACGUCGUGGUAGACGUCGUCAAAGUAGAAGACGUUGUCCCUGAGGAGGAUGUCCAGCAAUUCCAGUCACCUACAGCCAAAGAUGAAACUAAAACCGUCUCUUCUUCGCAACAACAGCAACAAGAAGUGUCUGCUACCAACUAACAAAUAGCUGUGCUUAAUGACAAGAAAUUAUUUAUUGCUUUGUUUCGAUAACGUCAGGUCAAGUAUAGUAGGUCGAGGUAGUAGACAGGCAUGAUCCACCUAAUUACUUACACCACCAUCCGGAUCGAACUGGACAUCAUAAUUCGAAGCGUAUCUUAUCUUCUAUAUAAUAUAUUUAUAAAAAUAUAUAAAUCAACAUCACCAGGGUCUCAUAAUUUUGAUGAAUGAAAUUGAAACGGUGUGAAAUAAUGCUGAAUGAAUAAUGGUUUCGUUUCGUUUUAUUGUCUCAGUUUAUAUUAUUAUUAUAUUAUAUUAUUAUUAUCGAUUACUAUCACGUACGUACAACAACCAAUUACGACAACACACUUUUGUUUGUUUUUUCCUAAUUCUAGUGAGUGAUUACGUGAUUAUUAGAAUCAAUCAGUGAUAAAAUAUUAUAUUCAUUGAUCCCCUGGUACUAUUGAGUGCAGUAAUUAUUAAACCUGUAAGCAGCAGCAGCAGUUUAGUAGAGUUGAGUGAUAUGUACACGACAUGCAUUUGAUUGCCUUAAAAUUAUUAUUAAAAAUAAUUAAAUGUUCGUAUUUAAUUGAUGAUGAUUAUUAAUGUAUUUGUGGGUGUGACUUUCACCCUUUUUGCCUUUCCAUCGUGUGGGAUUUUUUGUCUUGUCGACUUUAAUGUUAUUAUUAUGAUUGCAUUUUCCUCUGAUCUUUAUUGCGAGCAUGUUAUGUUACAAAGUGCGUGUUUUGUGUCUUUUAUUAGUAUGUCAUGUAAUUAAACAGAUUGCAGAGAUUGUUACAAAAAAAAUUGAGUUUAGUUAACCAUGUGCCCGAGAACUGAGCCUCUUCUUACUAUUAAAAACUCUCGUCUUGUGAGUAUCGCAAAAUUAUCAUCAUCCAAAAGAAAAAAAGUGUAGAAUAGAUUAUACUGCUACUACUUAUACUUAACUAUAUAUAUAUCUAUAGUAUAUAUAUGGUUUAGACAUCGAGGAGAGUGGUAAGAAUGAACAAUAAACUGUGAUUUGAUUUUCCUUUAUUGCUUCAAAUAUAAAUAUUCUGACAUUGGAAUAAAUGUACAAAAAUGAAAAA